AUGGAACAAAAUAUAAGGACUUUUUAUAACAGCCAAACUUAAAUUCUAAGAGGAGAGAUUUAAAAAAAUCUGAAGAAAUUUACAAUGUAAACAAAUUUAAUUGACCAAUUAAUAUAACACUUAUCAAUGGUUAUUUAAUUCAAGGGUUUAAAUCUAAAUUAGAUUUAAGUAAUAAUUGGACUACUAUACUAUUCUAGUUUACUUAAGGAUAAUGUAAAAAAUUGGCUAAAAAUCUUGUUUCUGUUGAAGUAAUCUAUAAAUCUAUAUUUGAAAAAAGUAUUAAUUAAUAGACAGUAGUAGGUUUCAUAGAUGUUGAUUAUGAAGAAACAUCUAGCCAAAUAUCAUAAUAAGUUUGUAGCUUGAUUAAUUAAUAAGAGAUUUGACAAAAAUAUUGCAAGGAAAUUGCUAUGUAAAAUUGUUAUCAUUUGAUGAUAAAUUUGGCAAUCAAUUAUUUUGGUAUUUCUCUUCUCAUUUUCUUGAAUCCACUUUGGAAAUGGUUUAUAGAUACUAUUUAUGCCUUAAUUCAGCUAGAAAUGAGGAUACUUUAAUGAUUGUUAAUUAGGUGAUAUCAAUGUUAAAUAGAAUGAUUAUGGGAAAAUGA